AUGGGGCAAACUUGCUGUACACCAAUCGUUUGCGGCCCAGAAUCGCCACGAUUAUGUUGCCUUACGCAAGAAUCACAGGAACCGAAAUACGCUCGAUAUUUAGGAAGUAGCGAAGACGAGCUGGCUUUGGUUAACAUUAUUGGGGAAGCUUUGGAAUUGGACCCUGUCGUUGAUCGCGAAGCCGGCGAGGAAAAAAUUAACAAUUGGAUUGAAUCAAGUGCACCAAACUUGGGCCUUCCCGAGAGCGACAUGGGGAUUAAUCGUUUAAAAUGCUUAAAGUAUUGGGAAGCCGUUUUAGCCAAAGAUAUUUCAAAAUUAAGUGGGUCGACAGUGCACUUUUGCUUUGAGAAGAAGUCACCUGAAGAUCAGGCGAGAUUGGUUAUUGAACAUAGAGGCAAGUCGCUGUUUGUGAGAAAUGCUAGUAAAAGAGCAAGUAAGAAAGAACAAGCGGUGUCAAGGCCUUUAAUGGCACAGGCCGAACAGACUCGAUCAGAGAAUGGGCCGACAGAAACAGAAAUUUGA